CCCGGCUCCCCGGCGAAGCCGCAGGCAGCCACGAGGGCACGGGCAGGGGGCUCCCGGCGGCUGGCCUGGCAGGUGUAGGGCGCCGGUAGGAGCUGGGCGCGCACGGUUACCGAGCGUGGAGGAGACACUGCCCUGCGGCGAUGGGUGCCAGGGGCGCUCCUUCACGCCGGAGGCAGGCAGGGCGGCGGCUGCGGUACCUGCCCACCGGGAGCUUUCCCUUUCUCCUUCUCCUGCUGCUCCUCUGCAUCCAACUUGGGGGAGGACAGAAGAAAAAGGAGAAUCUUUUAGCCGAAAAAGUAGAACAGCUGAUGGAGUGGAGUUCCAGGCGCUCGAUCUUCCGAAUGAAUGGUGAUAAAUUCCGAAAAUUUAUCAAGGCACCACCUCGAAACUACUCUAUGAUUGUUAUGUUCACCGCUCUUCAGCCUCAGCGGCAGUGUUCUGUGUGCAGGCAAGCUAAUGAAGAAUAUCAAAUCCUAGCUAACUCCUGGCGCUAUUCAUCCGCUUUCUGUAACAAACUCUUCUUCAGUAUGGUGGACUAUGAUGAGGGGUCAGAUGUUUUUCAACAGCUCAACAUGAACUCUGCUCCUACAUUCAUGCAUUUUCCUCCAAAAGGCAGGCCCAAAAGAGCGGAUACUUUUGACCUUCAAAGGAUUGGAUUUGCGGCUGAACAGCUAGCGAAGUGGAUUGCUGAUAGAACGGAUGUUCAUAUUCGAGUCUUCAGACCACCCAACUAUUCCGGCACCAUUGCUUUGGCCUUGUUAGUGUCACUUGUUGGUGGUUUGCUCUAUUUAAGAAGGAACAACUUGGAAUUCAUCUAUAACAAGACUGGUUGGGCCAUGGUGUCUCUGUGUAUAGUCUUUGCUAUGACUUCUGGCCAGAUGUGGAAUCAUAUCCGUGGACCUCCAUAUGCUCAUAAGAACCCACACAAUGGUCAAGUGAGUUACAUCCAUGGAAGCAGCCAGGCUCAAUUCGUGGCAGAGUCACACAUUAUUCUGGUACUAAAUGCUGCUAUCACCAUGGGGAUGGUUCUUCUAAAUGAAGCGGCAACAUCCAAAGGAGAUGUUGGAAAAAGACGGAUAAUUUGCCUAGUGGGCUUAGGCCUGGUGGUCUUCUUCUUCAGUUUUCUACUUUCAAUAUUUCGUUCCAAGUACCACGGCUAUCCUUAUAGUGAUCUGGACUUUGAGUGAGAAGAUGUGAUUUGGACCAUGGCACUUUAAAACUGUAACCUCAGCUUUUUAAUUAAAUGAAGCCAAGUGGGAUUUGCAUAAAGUGAAUGUUUACCAUGAAGAUAAAGUGUUCCUGACAUACUAGUUUGAAUUCUUGAGUUCAUUUCCAUGUUGAUUGUGAUAAUCUAGCUUAUUCUUGUAUCAUUUUUUUAAAUAUGAGUUUUCCUCGUCAAUUUAACUUAUAGAAACGGAUGGUUAAAUUUAAUGUUAGCACUGGAAAGAACAAAGGAAACAUCGAAGUGUUUUUCAAGCAUAUUAUAUUCAGUGUAUGCUAUAGAAUUGACAUAAAAAUGACAAUGUAACUAUGAAUUCAUGUUUUAGAACUGUUCACUCAUUAGUAAAGAAAACCACAUUGUUAGUAAAGGAAAACUAUAAAAUGUAUGUUAAAGAAUUCUUAGGGUUGUACAAAGAUAAGGUAUAUGCAUGAAAACAUGUCAUGUGCUGAAAAAUUAUACGUACUACCGUUUCAGUUAUAAAGGACAUGUAUGGUUACAAAUAGUGUUUUGUUUUUAUUAAUCAUAACUAGACAAAGGUGUAUACGAUAGGGAGCUGGAUGAAUAGUACCUACUACAUCUUGGAUGCCUAACCUGGAAAAUGGGAUUUCUUCCCAGAAUGUAAAUCUAAAGCAAACAUGACUACAUCAGCCUGCCUUAAAGCAUCAGGCAAUGGAAGCAACACACCAGAACUCGGAAUUAAUUCCUCUUCAACUUUAGAAAUUUCAUCCAGGAAUCCAGAUUUAAAACCACAAAAGUAACCCACCUUCACCAUUUCCCCUUGUGUUGUAUGGAGGACACUUGCCAUCAAAACCUCAUUCCAUGACUCUAGAUAAAGGUUAGUUAUCCUAAUAUGAGUGAGCAACUCAAUGUGAAGCUUUCUUGAAAACCAAAUAUAGGAGUCUAACCAUUACUAUGUCUGUAUGUCCUAUUAUAGUUUAUAAAGCACUUGUGCAUAUGUUAUGGUGUUUGUUCUUCACAACAACUCUGUAAAUUAGACAGGAAAUGUAAAUUUUGUCUGACUUGUAGAAGUACUAGAAGGAGAAAGCCAAAAAGAAUAAAAAAUAGAGCAUGUAACUAGGCUUUCAAACUCUCAAACCUGAAUCUUUAUUUUCUGUGGUGCUACUCAAAGAAGAAUUUAGAAACACAGUUAUUUAGUCCAAUAAACUUUUUGUUUUUCUUCA